AAGGCCAACAGGGCGCAGUGCUCCUAGGAAUCUGUCCAGAAACUACCCGGGAACUCGCGCCUUGGCACACAAACUUCAUUUCCCAGACGCCCUAGCGAACCAUCGGAAGUGCCCGAGCGUAUAACAUUCCAGGCAGCGCCCUCUGUAGCGAAUCCCGCGGACUGCAGGCUUGCCGGAAAGAGUUCUUGAUCAGAAUGGCUUCAGGACGGUUUUACCUUUUCUGCAUGGUCCUGGGGUCCCUGGGAUCAAUGUGCAUCCUCUUCACCACCUAUUGGAUGCAGUACUGGCGUGGCGGCUUUGCCUGGGAUGGCAGUGUGCACAUGUUCAACUGGCACCCCGUACUUAUGGUCUCUGGCAUGGUGGUCCUCUAUGGAGCUGCCUCACUGGUCUACCGCCUGCCCUUGUCGUGGGUGGGGCCCAAACUGCCCUGGAAAAUUCUCCAUGCAGCACUGCACCUGCUGGCCUUCACCCUUACUGUCAUGGGGUUGGUUGCCGUCUUUCAGUUCCACAACCAUUCAAAAAUCACACACCUCUAUUCCCUGCAUAGCUGGCUGGGCAUCACCACUGUCAUCUUCUUCGCCUGUCAGUGGUCCCUGGGAUUUGCCAUCUUUCUCCUGCCCUGGGCAUCUCAGUGGCUGCGAAGCCUCCUGAAACCUGUGCAUGUCUACUUUGGAGCCUGCAUCCUUUCCCUAUCCAUCACAUCUGUUAUUUCCGGCAUCAAUGAGAAGCUUUUCUUUGUUUUGAAAAAUGUCACCAUGCCCUACUCCAGCCUGCCUAGUGAGGCAGUCUUUGCCAACAGCACUGGGCUCUUGGUGGUGGCUUUUGGCCUACUGGUUCUCUAUGUUCUUCUGGCUUCACCAUGGAAACGUCCAGAUCCAGGAGCUCUGACUGACAGACAGCCUCUGUUGCAUGACAGGGAGUGAAGCUGGCAGGGGCUUCCAGGAACAGUCGGUGGUGCAGUCUCUGCUCCCUCAGAAGCUCUUCUGUACUUGGAGCUCCUGGCUCAUUUCAGCAAUCAACUUCUCUUGGACCAGAGACAAACUUGUUACUCCAGUUCCUGACUCUCUCCAGCCACUUGCUGUCCAUCUGCUUUUCUUGAUGGCUUUGACUUGUUGGCAUUUUACCCCCAAGGGCCGCCUUGCCUUGUUUCAUGUCUCUUCUGCUGGUCUACAGAAUGGGCUGCUUUCUCCUCAUCACUCCUAGGGAUGUGGUAGAAGCCAAAGCAGAGGCCGAAAUGUAGUUCAUACAGGCAAGAUAGGAAGUCUGCUGUCUGUGGGAGCGUUUGUGUCCAAUAGGUAGGGUUCCUCAGCUCUGUCCUGGAUAUGCAUUUGGGUGAGCAGAGACAUUGGGAGGUACUAAUAGGGUAGUAACAGCAGGAGAGGCUUUGCAGAAAUCAGGUGCUGGUCACUUGAGCUACUCUGUUCUCUUUGAUGUACUGUGUUGUAUAUAUUGUGACUAUGUGGCUCCCCCUCUUCUAGUUGCUGCUUCAAUUGCUGCCUGGAUCUCGCCCUUUCCCUGUGACUUACAUGCCUGUCCCCCUCAACCAACCCUAUGCGCCCUGGUAAACUGUCCUCCCGUGAACAGAGAGCCUGACCCUAUAGCCCCAAGUGAUGAACAACAGAGGUUUCUGUGACCUUCCUUUCUGUCCCCUUGUGGGUAUGGGCUUUCUUGCCUCUAGUCAUGCUCUUCCCUGAAAGGGUCCAGCCCACUAUGAAAUUGAAACCAGCAUUAUGAAGCAGUUUGCUGGGCAGAGUUCUGGGAGCCACUGCUGACUUCAGAGGUGUUCUUUAUUGAGUACUGGGUGCUUUUGUCUGCCCCUGCCCCCUCCCCAAGCCCACCCACCCUCCCUCCAUGGUAUGCCAAAGAGUGAGCUUUGCUCUUCUCCUGAAUAGAAACUGGGUAGAAGGGAGGAAUCUUGCCCCUCUGCUUUGUAUUAGCCCAUGGCACUUCAUACCUUCUUAGAUAAGCCCUGCGAAGUCCUUGCAAACUCUUGUGCUUAGCAGACCAGUAGGAGGAGUUGGGUUCCUGACUCCCUACAGAUAGUGAUCAGGCUGAACUUCAACCCUGUUGCCAGAAAUUGUCAGGAGGCUGGCAUGGACUUCCUGACAAAUGAAACCUGCACACCCUUGGCAUUACUGUGAGCACUUGGGACAUGUGCUGGUUUACUCAUGAGUGGGUCUUCUACUUCUUCAUGAAUCUGGUUUUUAUUAAAUGUGUUUUUAAACACUAAA